AUGAAGGUCAUUGAGGAAAUCAAAUAUUAAGUUGAAUUGGAAAUGAAGAAAAAAUUUGGAAAGUGUAUCGAAAAACGAUAUGCAAAAAUAACUGAUGACCUAAAAGAAGAAUGUAUAUAAAAUGUAAUAUAGAAAGGCAAAACAAUACGAGAAGUAUCCUAAUAAUUAUCAAUUAAUUAUUCAUCCGCCAAAUCUAUCUUAGCAAAUUAUAGAAAAUCUUAAAAUGGAAUAAAAGUAAAAUAUCACUUGGAACCAAGAUAAGUGAAAGUCAACGAUGAAUACGAUUGGAAAAAAUUUAAAAUUUAAACAUAUUGUGAAGACAGAUAAGUUAAUGAAUAUACUAUGGAUACAUUUGCUUAGAUAGUGAAACAACCCUCCAUAAAUAAUGCUAUCAACUGA